AUGUAAAGUACAAAUAAUUCCUAACGAUCAAAUUACUUGUAAAAUUCAAGUUCAUCAGCAAGAAGAGCAAGAAUAUUUGAUACUUCUUAAAGUUCUGAACAUAGAAAUACUCCAAGCAUAAUUCCAAUUUCAAAUAGUUAAGUAGCAAGAUCUCCUUAAAUAUAAACGGAAGAAUUUAAUGUUUAAGGAUUGUAGUAAAGUUAAGUAAGUGAAGUGUAAAUAAAUGAUUUAAAUAAAGUUAAUCAAUUUUAAAAAUUGCCUGAUUUAAGUCGUUGUAAAGUAAAAUUUAUCAAAAGAGAAAAUUAAUCUACAUAAACUGAAGCAGAUGAUAAAGAUCUUAUUAUUAGAGAAUAAGAAGCAUUAAUAAAAUAAUUAUAACGCUAAAUUUAAUAAUAAAACAACCCAAAUAUGGAAUUUUCUUUUCAUAAAGAGAACAUGGAUUAAUAAUUAAUGUCACCCAAAUAUAACAAUUGUGUUGGAAAUAAUUAAACAAAUUCAAAUUUAGGAAAUAAUUCUUUAAUGACAAAUUCACCAUAUAAAAAAUAAUCAAGAUAAUAAUAAAAUCAAUUCUAUUUUACUGCGAUUCCAUAAUCAAAUAAUAAAUCUUAUAUAAUAAAACCUUAAAAUACAGAAAAAUUAGUAUUAGAAUAUACCAAGCAAAAGUCCAACAAAGACUAUUUCUUUUCGUAGAUGGAUUGAUUCUUAUUUAUAGUAUUUAAUAUAAUAAUUAUUAAUAAGUGCUUUAAUGAAUUCAUUAAAAUACACAAUUGAUUAUACAUCUACUUAAGAAAGAGAGACCUUUAAUCAUAAUAUUAAUUGCAUUUAAUUUCAGACCAAUUAAGUAAUAUGGAUAGUUCAAAAUCCAUAAAAAUAUGAGACAAUUAUAAUCAAAUUUGAAUUUCCUUGCAAAAUUAAAGAAUUUAUUAUAAGUACAAUAGUGUUUUACUCUCUAGAUUCAAAAUCUUGUUCUUAAGUUAAAAUCUCAUUAUACAAUAUUACAAACCAGGGUGUAAGAAUCUAAUAAAAACUAUUAGAAAGUGCUAAUUUUAUGAUUCAGAACUAAUAGAAAAAAAUUUAUAAUAAUGAUUUUGAAGAUAAUACAUAUCAAUAUGCUGAAAUCAUAUUUUUUAGUUUGAACAAUGAAUUAUCCAUUAAAUCUUUAUAAGUUCUAGGCUAAUCCAUAUAAAAUAUCAAAACAUAAUAAUAAUUAACCACUUAGGAAAUUAGUCAUAACAAAUAAGUAAUCAAUAAACCUUAAAAUUAAUAGAAUAAAUCAUCUGAUUAAACAUCUAAUUUAAAAAUCGAUUCAUCAUCAGAUCUUAAAAUUAAUCCAAAAAAUUCGAUUAGUUAAAUGUAUUCUUAAAUUUUGUAAAACCCUAUUUAAUUUAAUCAAACUUAAGAAUAAGGAAAAAUAGAAAGAAAUGAUUAAUUGAGUGAAGAGUAAUUAUUUUAAAAAGCAAUUGAAGAAAGCCUUAAAACACAUUAAAGAGAAUCUUAAAAUUAAGAAUUAUAACAGCUUGAAAUAGAGAAAUAGUUAAAUGAUUGUUUGAUGAAAGAAUAAAAUAUGAAUUAGAAUUAUAUUAAUGAUUAAGAGUAUGAAGAAAUGAUUUAAUAUAAUUCAUCUAUGAUUAAUGAAGAUUUUGUCUAAUAUCAUUAAGCUUUGGAAAAUUCCUAUUUUAGAAAAUCAAGAUUAUUUGAUAAUAUGAAUUAGAAAUUCAAACCAUUAUAAUAUCAGUAAGUUUUUAUUGUUAAAGAUACAUUAACAGAUUAUGAGUAUAAAAGAUUUGAAUAAAAAGUGAUUAAUUUAGGAGGUAUUGUUGUUAAAUCAAUUAAUAAAAAGAUUACUAUCAUAAUUUCAGAUAAACCUAUUUAAUUUGAUAAUAAGUAUUAAAAUAUUUAUGAAAAUUAGAAAAUAGAAUAUUUAUAUAUUGAGUACUAAAUUCUUGGAAUCUUGUAGUAUGGAUAAAUGGCCUAAUUUUUAGAUGUAUGAAGUGAAAUGA